GCCAUUUUUGUUUUUAUUUUUUUCAAGAAAUCUACGCCUUGUGUCUCGGAUUGAUCAUAUUUCAACCAUAAUAUCAUGGAUGAGAUAAGUAAAAUUGAGAUGUUGAAGAAUGAGUUAGAGAUUGAAAGAUCCAAUGUGUACAAAGCUGCAGAACUAGGUAAACAACUGCUGGAAGAUAACCAGAAUUUGGAAAGUAGACUUGAAUCUAUGCGAACAGACCAUGUGUCUAGAGUGGAAGCUUUAGAACAAGAAAAAUACAGUCUACAGUUGAAAGUGACCACAAAAGAAAACAUAGAACGGUCUUUGACUGGCGAGCUGGAACAAAUCAAAGAACUGGUGCAAAAUGCAAAGGAAAAUGAAAAGGACUGGAAGAAGAAAGAAGCGAUCCAGGAGAAGAGAAUAAAAGAACUAGAGAACCAGAAUGAAGCUCUUCAGACAGAUCUAGAACAGAAUAAUUUGAUUGUUGAGCAUCUCAAAGAGACGGUAUCACAUCAAGAAAAUCUUGUGAAGGAUGCAAACUGUAAACUCAAACAACAACAAAAUGUUAGUUUCAAUGAUGAAGAACUUGUCCAGUUACAUCAAGAGAACAGCACACUGAAGAAUAAAAUGUCCUCCUUGCAGCUGGAGUUGAAGCAUGCUAAGGAUACAUUACAGCAGGUCAUUGCUUCAAAGGAAAAAAUAGAAAAAAAAAUUUAUUCUCUUCAUGACGAGAUGGAAGAAAAACAAAUACUAGCGACUUCCUACUACAAUGCACUAGAGAAAAGUCGUGAGGAUGUGACAGACUUACAAGUACAGCUUGAUAUGGUUAAAAUGCAGACUGUUGAUCCAGAUAGUAAAGGAAAUUCUCUUUUUGCUGAGGUUGAUGAUAGAAGAAAAACUCUGGAAAAGAAACUGAUCACUCUGAAAGUUGAACACGACUCAUUAAAAGAACACUAUAAUAUUAAAAAGCAACAAUUGAUGAGGCUGAAGGGUCAGAUUGCUGCCUUGUUACAGAUGAGUAGUCAUGAAGCGGAUCAUUCCCAGCUACAAAGACUACAGACAGCUUUAUCACAGAGCAGAGGAGAAGUUCAGAUGCUCUCAGAAAAACUGAAAAACCUUGAACAUUUGGAGGGUGAAGUUUCACUCAACAGAAAAUUAGAAGAUUUUCACAGACAGUUUCCUGGGGAGACACUAGGAGACAAAAAAAUGUUUGUGGAGUUUUUAGAAGAACAACUGAAAUGUACCAAAACCGAGCUAACUGAUCUUAAGCAAGAACUGCAGACCCAAAGAGUACUGAGAAUGGAAGCCACUGAUAAGCAAUGGAAAACAGAAAAAAGUCUGCACCAGACUGAAAAAACCAUGGAGAAGAUAAAAGCUGAAAAUAUGAGACUUUAUAUGAAAUCUGAAGAGCUAAGACAAAAGUAUGGUGAAGGUGAUGAUAGAUCAAAACAUCCAAUUUUUUGUGGAAAAAUUGAGAAAAUACCGAUUGUAAAAAAGGAGACUGUGGCCCAACAAGUGGAAGAAGAUGAGAACAAAGUUCCUAGUACAGAAACGGAUUGUGCAAGUGUUCCUGAGAUUACUUUGAAGGAAGCAAACACUGAAUUGAAAGAUGGCAGCCAGGAAGAAAAAUCUCAUCCUGUUACCAUGGUUACAGAUGAUGUCGACUGUAAAGUAGAGAGUAAUGUUGAUAACUUAGAAGGAAGAAAUAAAAGCAGCAAGCGAGUGACAAUGUGUGACACAGUUUCCGUGCUGAAUGAAUCCGGCACUGUCAGUCAACAGAACAUUGCAGAGGAAUGUGACGAACCAAGUGAAAAAACUGCCAAAAUGUCAACACAGCAUGAUUCUGUUAAGUCAAGUAAAAAAGGUGGAAAAAAACACCACAAUGUAAUACGUAGUAAAGAUGCCAUGCCAUUCUUAACUUACACCCAAUCAGCAGAUUUGCUGAAGUCAAGUAUGAUACUACGGGGAGUAAAAGACUGGUUGACAAAUCAAUGA